AAAAAUAAAAAUGAAGACCUUAGGCAGUAUCUGAACGGCCUCAUUUAAGAGUUAUUUUAAACCUUCUUUCUCCAAUCCAUGGUAUGUUUGAGUUUCCACAUCCUACUUCUACUUAUCUACAGGGAUUUUGAGCUGUUUUUUAUGCUUCUAUACUUUGCAAGUAGGUUCGCAUGCUAAUACUGCCAAAUCUUGAGCCAUAUAUGCGACUUCUUGAACCAGAGAUGCUUCUUGAGAAGCAAAAGAAUGAGAUGAAGAGGCAUGAGGCUUGGCGUGUUUAUGGAGCCCUGCUGCAUGCAACAGGUCAAUGUAUAUAUAAUCGGCUCAAGAUAUUCUCUCCUCUGCCAUCCUUAUCAGCACGUGCAGUAUGGAGGACCAAUGCAAGGGUUAUUACCACCCCACCAAAUAAACGCAAGGGGAGCAUGGAACACUUGGAAGAGCAGCCGCCGCACAAGAAAAUAGCCCCUGAUGGUCCAAUUCUUGCUGUGUCAACCAAUUCCUCGCCAUCUCACAUGGACGAGGAAGCUCUGGUUCCACCAGUUCCCUUGAUUGAUUCUAAUGCAGGCCCAUCAUCAUCCUCCUCCUCUAGACAACCGACUAAUGACAUAAAUUUGGAUGGCAGAGGUAGGAGAGACAAGGGUGGUAGUCAAGCUCUGAAUAGGUCAGCUGUCCUCUCUCAGAUAUGGAAAAAUGACUUGGAUUCUGGGCGUCUCCUGGUAUUGCUGUUUGAGCUGUUUGGUGAAGGCAUUUUAUCCUUCAUUCCAGCUCCCGAGAUGUCUAUGUUCUUGUGACCAUUUGUACAAAGAUCUGCACUUCCAUAGUUACUCAUAUGUGUACAAAUUACACUUGCAUAUAUAAUUUUAAAGUUCUCAAGACCAAAUCUUUUGGUAAAUUUCUAUGAAGCUUUUAUGAAACAUUCAAUAGUA